ACGUUCUCCAGUACCAUGACAAACGCUGCGCUUGAAUCCGAGAUAAAAACCUGGCUGACACCGGCCUUAAAAAGAGAAAAUGUGUCCAAUUUCUCCGUGAAAAUUCUGGGAAAUUCGGAAAAAGGUGACGGUUACUUGGGCGACAUAGUUUUCGUCGAGGUGACAACAACUGGAAAACAACUCAAUCUUGUCCUCAAGUGUAGCAAACGCUCGAAAGCGCUCCGGGAAAAUUCUCCAGUAAAAAAUGCUUUUUUGAACGAGAUUUUCGUGUAUGAAAAGCUCCACCCGACUUUCCUCCAAUUCCAGAAAAACCAAAACUGUGAAAAACCCUUCGCUGCGUAUCCGAAAUGUUACGGCACUUUUAUCGGCGAUGAAAUGGAAGUGAUAAUCUUGGAAAAUCUGAAGAAAAGUGGGUUCGAAUUGUGGCCGAAAAAGGAGCCUUUGUCGCGGAAAUUGGUCGAUUUGGUGGUCACUGAGUACGGGAAAUAUCACGCGAUUUCGGUGGCAAUGAAGGAAAAACUGCCGGAAAAAUUCAAGCAGUUGGCGGACACAGUCAUUAACGUUUUCAAAGAGUUUGGUAAAAUUGAGUCGAUGGAGAACAUGUUCGUGGCACCAAUUCAAGAUUCGUACAACUUGCUCAAAGGGGAAGUUGACGACAAAAUUCUCGAAAAGUGGAAGAAUUUCGAAAAUGAUGUUAGCUUUAUUUUGAAUGAUUUGGACGAAGGGUUUGAGGGAUUAAGGGUGAUUUUGCACGGAGAUUGCUGGAGCAACAAUUUUAUGUAUUUGUUUAAGGACGGCGACCAAAAUCGCCCGUUAAAAGUCGCAAUCAUCGAUUGGCAAAUCGCAAGAUACACAUCGCCAGUCUUCGAUCUAUCCUAUUUCCUUUUUUCUUGCCUCUCGGAGAGGGAUUUGGGAAAUUUGGACGAUAUUUUGGCCACUUAUUUUGACUCUUUUACCGGGCAUUUGAAAAGUUUAGGGAUUAGUGAGCCAGAGUUGUUGUAUUCGAAAAAUGAGUUUCUCAAAGAUUGGACCAGAUUUUGUAAAUUUGGAGUUUUGAUGAGCACUAUUUUGAUGAAAAUUGUUUCGACUGAUAAGGACGAAGUUAUGGAUAUAGCCGAAGCUGCAGAAAAGGGGAAAAGUAUCACGGAAUCUUUCCUUAACGAGAUUCGAGACAAGGAUAAUUUCAAGAGGCGAAUGAGAGCGAUUAUUGAAUACGUUGUUAAAAAUAAUUUGAUUUAAGCGAUUAAUAAAAACUGAGAACAACAAA